CACAGUCUUUUACUUUCCUUGGCAGAUCUCUCCUUAGUCUUUUCUGAAUUUCCAGCUCAAGAUUCUACAUAUUAUCUACACAAGAACUUUCUGAAGACCUUGACGAAUACUUGGAAGCCACACACUAUGGGUGAGUUGCAAUAUUAACACCUCACCAAGAAGAUCAAGAUGCUCGGGUAACUACCGAAGGAGAUAUAACAAUAUGUCUGGACAAGUCAGUUCUGGAGUUCAUCCUUCAACUAACCAGCAGCAAGCUGGACAUGCUGCAGCCAGUGGUGCUCAUGUUGACAGACAAGUGAGAUACACUCCCUAUGCCAUUCCAUUCUAUCGUCAUAGAAGCCGUAGAGAGAACAUGGAGGGAAAUAAAAAACCCCAGGAGCAAGGAAUGGAGGGAAAUGGGCAGGAUAAACCUUCCAGAAGCUGGUUCAAGAUCUCGAUUCCAUUUGGCAUAAAGUAUGAUGAAAAGUGGCUGCUCAGUGUGAUUCAGAAGCAGUGCAAUGCCCCUUUCACUCCAGUUGAGUUUCACUAUGAAAAAAUGGAGGCCCAGUUUUUUGUGGAGGGUGCUAGUGUUGCCUUUGAAUUGAAGAAUAUCAGUGGAAGGUUGUUGGAUGAGGACAAUGAAAAGAUAUCUAUACUUGUCAGUGCCUCUGAGAUACCCCACUCUGUGCAAAGACAACCACAGUCAGAAAUGGUGGAGAUGACAAAGCCGAACACGGACAAAAUCUGUGAUAUUUCCCAGCUAUCUCUUGACAUCCAGAGACUGUGCUUUGACCCUGGGAUGGAUAGUGGCAGCGGUCCUAAAGCAGACUGGACAACUGAUAAUACUGCAAUAGCACCAGAACCUAGAGACUACAAGGCUGCCUCCCUGCAGAACCAUGAAGCUAGCAUGAUGAAGCUUUUGCCCUCAAAGCUGUCCAACACUAUACAGAAUGUCUCCAUUACUGAGAACCUGGAUGUCUCCAAAUAUAAGAUGAAGCCUGCAGUAGAGUUGGGAAGAGAAAAAGGGCAGGGAUCAGAAGAGAUGUGCACAGAGAAAGCCUCCCUGAGCACUACCUUCCCAGAUAAGUGUAGUGGAAUAAGUAGCUCUGUCCUGGAAAUGUUCCCCAAGUUACUAUGCCUGGGUGGACAAUAUUCACUCUCAGCAAGUAACUUUUGCACUGAAGUUUAUAAGACACUACCAACUUGCAAGGGAGGCUUCCUUGGAACUGAUGCCCUGAAGGAUCUAGUCCUACAAUUCCUGCAGCAGUAUUAUUCCAUCUAUGACUAUGGAGACAGGCAGGGUCUUCUUGCUGCUUACCAUGAAAAAGCAUGCUUCUCUUUGUCCAUUCCUUUCAAUCCUAAGGACCCAACUCUGAGCUGCUUGUAUGAGCUCUACAAGGACAGCAGAAAUAUGAAGAAGCUUACGGACCCCUACCUGCGGGUUCAGCUACUGAAAUACACAAAGCAUGACAUUGUACGCUCCCUCUGCAUGUUGCCCAAAACUCAGCAUGAUCUCAGCUCCUUUGUGGUGGACAUGUGGGUCCAGACGGAAACUAUGUUCUGCUUUUCUGUCUAUGGGAUCUUCAAGGAAGUGGAAGGAGAAUAUCAGGGUUCUGUUCGUGCUUUCACACGAACCUUCGUCACUACCCCUGAGAGCCAUACCAGUCUAUGUAUCAUGAAUGAUGAACUGUCUGUGAGGGUUGCCACCCCCAGUGAGAUCCAGAGAACCUUCUCCAUGCUAAUGCCAACACCCACACUCAUCCUCUCCCAGGAGCAGCAGAAAAUGGUGCAGGCUUUCUCCAUCCAGUCUGGAAUGAAUCUCCAGUGGUCUCACAAGUACCUUCAUGACAGUGACUGGGACUACAAUAGGGCCAUACAGGCUCUUUCACUGCCCAAGCAAGGCAAGGUGAAGGACUUCAGAAGAGGCCCUCACACAGACUGAGACAAGGUCCUGAGGACACAGCCCCCAAGAAAGCCUGAACAUCCUCAUCUUCAUACUCAUCAUACUGAUUGUAGUUUUCCUCUCAAUAUGAGUGCAUUCCUGUAACAAAGAGAAACGUUGGCUUGGGGCUAGGAAACUAACUCUAAAAUGAUACUAAUUUUCCCUAAGAGUCAGUUGCUCUGUGUAUAUGUUCUACCCAGAUUCUUUUUUCCCCUGACUUUAAAGCAUGGCAUUAUAGCAUUCACAGAGGUGUGUUAGAGCACAAGACUUGUUAUAGUUUUAAUUUCAGCAUCACAUAUAUAAGGAUAGUGCUCUGUUAUAUUUUCCUUUCACUCUCAUUCUCUCUUGCAAUAAAUAAAUAGAUAUUUACAAACUAA